AAUUUAUUAAAACAUCACUGCUAUAUUAAAGAAAUGAAAUUAUAUUUUUUAUUAAUUAUAUUUUUAAUUUUUAUUCAUUCAUCAUAUGCAAAAUCAAAUAUAAUCAAAUUAGAUGAAAAUAAUUUUCAAGAUAAAGUUAUGAAUUCAGAGCAUAACUGGUUUAUUAAAUUCCAUGCCCCAUGGUGCCAUUAUUGUAAAGAAUUAGUACCAGAAUUUGACAAAUUAAAUGAACAAAAUCAAUUAAAAGAUGUUAAAAUUGGUGAAGUUAAUUGCGAAACUGAAAAAGAAUUGUGUGAUAAAUAUAAUAUUGAAGGUUUACCAACUAUUAAAUUCUUCUCUUCAAGCCAAAAACAAUCACCAAUAGAAUAUGAUGGCCAACGUACUGCUGAAGAUAUGUAUGAUUUCUUUUAUACUGUUUUAGAAGAAAAUGAUGAAAAAGAAUCAAAUAAAAAAAAAGAUGAAUUAUAAAAAAGUUAAAAAUAAUAUUAUUAAAACCAAAAAUAAAAUAAAAUAUAUAUUUAUUGUUUGUUUUAU